AUGAAGACGGAGAGCGCGUUCAGCGGGAGGAAGCAGAGCCUGAUCGAGGAUGCUCGUCGGGAGCGCGGCGGCGGCGGCGGCGCCGCGGGCUCCCCGGGGCCCUCCGGGUACGCGGACGGCUUCGGGUCCGAGGAGAAGGACGGCAGGGUCACGCUGAGCGUCCUGUUCGCGCUCGGCAGCGGGAAAAACGCGGGAUUCUUCAAAACGGGUAAAGUCUUGGAGACGUUUGAAGCUAAACUACUCCACAUCGAAAGCCGACCGGGGAGGAAGUCCAAGAACAGCACGGCCGACCUGGAGUUUUUCAUGAGGUGCGAGGUUCCCAGCUCCGACCUGGACGUUUUCAUCGACGCGCUGAAGAGAGUGGCCGAGGAUGUUCGCUCGAUACCGGAGGACAAAGUUCCCUGGUUUCCCCGACAGAUCAGGGACCUGGACGGAUGCAACAUGUUGAUAACCAAAUUUGAUCCAGACAUGGACCAGGACCAUCCAGGAUUCAGCGAUGCAGAAUACCGAAAACGGCGGGCUUUUAUCUCUGAGCUAGCCUUCAGAUACAAACAGGGGGACCCGCUGCCCGCGGUGGAGUACACGGCAGAGGAGGUAUCCACAUGGAGGGAGGUUUACCGGCAGCUGCGGAGUAUUUACCCGAGUGUGGCCUGUCGUCAGUUCCUGGACGGUCUGCAUCAGCUGGAGAGAGAGUGCGGCUACGGAGAGGACCGCAUCCCGCAGCUCAGGGAGGUCUCUGCCUUCCUGAAAGAGAGAACAGGUUUCCAGCUGCGCCCAGUGGCCGGCCUGCUGUCAGCCAGAGAUUUCCUCGCCAGCUUGGCCUUCAGGGUGUUUCAGUGCACGCAGUACAUCCGACACUCCUCCGCGCCCAUGCACUCCCCUGAGCCAGACUGCUGUCAUGAACUACUUGGCCAUAUUCCCAUGCUGUCAGAUAAAGAAUUCGCCCAGUUUUCACAGGAGAUUGGACUUGCCUCACUCGGCGCUUCAGAUGAGGACAUUGAGAAACUGUCAACGUUAUACUGGUUUACUGUGGAAUUUGGCCUGUGCAAGCAGAACGGAACAGUGAGAGCUUAUGGCGCUGGACUCCUGUCGUCCUACGGAGAGCUCGUUUACGCCCUGUCCAAUGAGCCAGAGUACAAGCCGUUCAACCCAGAGGAGACGGCGCUGCAGCCGUACCAAGACCAGACCUACCAGCCCGUUUACUUUGUGUCUGAGAGCUUUGAGGAUGCAAAGAUUAAGUUGAGGAGGUACUCUACAACCAUCAAGCGUCCAUUUGCAGUUCGCUAUGACCCCUUUACCUGCAGCGUGGAGGUUCUGGACCAACCCAGCAAGAUCCAAAAUAGUCUGAGCCAGAUGAGAGAAGACCUGAAGACCCUGCACAGCGCCUUGGAGAAGCUCGGCUCAUCUUAAGACCCGAAACAGACGUUCUAUAGAGAUAAGACAGACAGAAACUUGGCGAGCAAAACAAUGGUCAUUUGGCCUGUGUCAAGAUUGUAUUUGAGAUCAGAUCUAUUAUGAAAAAAAAAACCCCCAUCACAAUCGUAGUCAGGUUUGUUAGAUUCCGCAGGGCCAUUUAUUUGUGUGUAUA